GUUUUCCGUUUUGUUUCUUCGAUUUUGAUCUUCUUGGAACAGGAUCUGAUAGAUUGAAAAAAUUGAAGAAUUUUAAGAGUGAGUAAUAUGCAUACAUGAUCCCCUACAUGUCUGGAUUGGUGAUCAGUUGCUGAACAGAGUAACACAUCUGGAGCUAAUCGUGUUUGUAAUUCUGGUGUUCAUCGUGUGGCCUUAGCAUUCAUGGUACCAGAUCCAAUUCAACUCCAGUUAACCAGACUACCAGAGAUAUCACAGUGGUACCAUUGGCAGUUAAAAGAUCUUAAAAGGCUUGUUGUUACAAUCACUGUCAUGAUUCGCCUUUCUUCCUCCCCCAUUCACUUCCCAAAAUGUUUGACAAUUGUCACACCACAAUAUACAUAGGUGGUCAAGAAGAAAGAUUCGUAAGGUUGAAUGUUCUGGAUUCGAGUUUGUCAUAUCCAUCUAAUAUAAUGAAGAGGUGUGGAUUCAAUAUAGAAGGAGCACCCCCUUCUGGUCAUCCACGUACCACUGCAUCUAAAUCAAUUAAGUACGUGAGAAGAAGGUCUGAAGGACUUAUAAAUUUUGGCCAAACUUUAAAAACCGGAGUCUCACGUGCAGUGUUUUCAGAAGAUCUAAAAGUCUCUGAGAACAAAAUAAUCGAUCCUCAAGACAAAACACUUUUGUUAUGGAACAAAGUUUCUGGUGUUAUCUUGCAUUCUUGCACUUAUAUAGCACCAUCAUCAAGAGUGUUUGGACGUGGUGAACUUGUCAUAGAUCCUGCACAGAUUGCAAGAAGAUAUAUGCAACGCUAUUUCUUUGUUGACAUUCUCUCUGUGCUACCUUUACCACAGAUUGUGGUGUGGAGGUUUCUUCAGAAUGAUCAUGGUUCGGGUGUUUUGGAGCUCAAAAAAACUGUGGGUGUCAUUACUGAAACAGCUUGGGCUGGUGCAGCUUACUAUUUGGUUUGGUUUGUUCUUGCUGGUCAUAUAUUUGGAGCUUUCUGGUAUCUGUUAGCUGUGGAACGUAAGAGUGCAUGCUGGGCGCAAGCAUGUCGUGAUGAGAGUAAAUGUGAGAUAGAAUAUCUUUACUGUGGACAUGACGAGACAGAAGGAUACAAAGCUUGGAUGCAAGUUGCUAAAGCCACUCUUGAUGAACAUUGCGUUGAAAGUGAAUCCUAUGGAGAAUUUGAUUAUGGGAUUUACUUACAAGCUGUACAAUCUCAAGUUGAUUCCUCUGAACAUUUUCCAUCUAAAUACUGCUACUGUUUGUGGUGGGGCUUAAGAAACUUAAGUACACUCGGUCAGGGGCUUGAAACCAGUACAUAUGCUAAAGAAAUUAUUUUCUCAAUCAUAAUCGCCAUUUCUGGGCUCAUACUCUUUGCUCUUCUCAUCGGCAACAUGCAGACGUAUCUUCAAUCGCUUUCGGUUCGUUUAGAGGAGAUGAGAAUCAAAAGGCGUGACUCUGAACAGUGGAUGCAUCAUAGAUUGCUUCCUCAAGAGCUUAAAGAACGAGUGCGAAGAUACGAUCAGUACAAAUGGGUGGAAACAAGAGGAGUAGAUGAAGAAAGCUUAGUCCAAAGUCUACCAAAAGAUCUCAGAAGGGACAUCAAAAGACACCUCUGUUUAAAUCUAGUCAAAAGGGUUCCAUUGUUUGCAAAUUUUGACGAAAGAUUACUAGACGCCAUAUGCGAGAGACUUAAACCAAGUCUUUACACAGAAAGCACGUUUGUGUUAAGGGAAGGCGACCCGGUCGACGAAAUGUUGUUCAUAAUCCGGGGGCGUUUAGAAAGCGUCACGACAGACGGCGGGAGAAGCGGUUUUUUCAACCGGGGGUUUUUGAAAGAAGGCGAUUUUUGCGGGGAAGAGCUGUUGACGUGGGCGUUGGAUCCGAAAUCGGCGGGUAACCUACCGCCGUCAACACGAACGGUUAUGGCGUUAACGGAGGUGGAAGCGUUUGCGUUGAUCGCAGACGAGGUGAAGUUUAUAACGAGUCAGUUUAGGCGGCUUCAUAGUCGGCAAGUUCAGCAUACUUUCCGGUUUUAUUCACAGCAGUGGCGGACAUGGGCGGCGAGUUUUAUUCAGGCGGCGUGGAGGAGGUAUUCCAGAAGGAAGAUUUUGGAAUUGCAUCGGUUGGAGGAGGAAGAAUCGGAUGAGGAUUAUAUGGAUGAUUAUGAGGAGGAGGAAGAGGAGGAGGAGGUUGAAGAGGAUGUUAAUGAAGAAACUGCGUUGAUUAGAGGGCGGGUGUCGUCGUCGUCGUCGUUUGGUGCGACGAUGUAUGCGUCCAAGUUUGCGGCUAAUGCUAUGAAACGGGUUCAGAGGAAGCGGGGAGUGUCGACCGGGUUUAUUAGUCUUCAAAAGCCUUCCGAGCCGGAUUUUGGUGAUUUGUAG